AUGGCCGACGCCAUUGACGCCCUGCAAAUGACGCAAAUGGGCGUUGAUGUACGUCUGGAUGAGCGUAAAAUGUAUGUAGUCGAGUGGACAGAAGGUGUAGUGUUUGGUUUUACUGUAACACCCGUUCAAUCUGAUCGAGGUGUUGUCUUAUGUCUCACUCGUCGUACUACUAGUAGUGGAUUACAGGACGUUAUGCCAGGCGAUAUAUUAAUUGCUAUUGGUGAGGAUAAAGUCUAUCGAUUAGGACUAAAUAAGGCAACAAAACUCUUGCGAUCGGUGCCAAGACCUGUUCGUUUAACAUUACAGGUUUCACCCGAUGGACCUCUUAUUCAGGAUGACCUUCCAGACCUUGCUCCUAAUGAAUAUACGUACUUAUGGAAUUUAGGACCAUUAGGAAUUGUCCUAAAAACCGAUCCGAAGAGUAAAUUACCGGUAGUAAAGAGGUUUACCGGUAAAGCCGAUAGUACGGCACUGGAGGGAAGUGUCAAGGUCGGAGAUGAAUUGGUAUAUGUGAAUCAAACGCCAACGUGUAAUCAUUCGAUCUCGGAUAUUAUUAGCUUUAUCAAGGAAUUACCAAAGCCUAUUACUCUGCGGUUUCGAAAACCAUUGGUUGAGGAAUUACCGACGCAACGAAUCGAGUUAGGAGAAGGAGAGUAUGAUUUUUUGUGGGAAAAUGGACCGCUUGGACUUGUUAUUGGUACAUCUGCUAAUGGAUUGCCCUAUGUGCGGUCAUUUACGGGGAAAGGAACUUCAAAAUAUCUUGCACAAGUCCAUGAGAGCGAUGAGAUUAUCCUGGUCAACGAUCGAUCAGCCAAGGAACAUGGUUUUCAUGCAACGAUGCAAUACCUUAUGCAUGUGUCCAAACCAGCGGUUAUUCGAUUUCGUCGACCUUUCACAAACAAAAGUAAGAAUGGUACGCCUUCUAAACCUGUGGCGAGCUCGUCACCACUGACAGCACAUAUGGCAGCUAUAAAUAUUGCAGCUAAUCCGUCACAGCCGAAUCGAGCUUCGUCCCCGGCAAUGUCUGCGGGCAGAGCUAGCUCACCUGCAUUUGUGCAGAGUUACUCGUCUCUUCCACGCAGUACCUCCGUUGUUAGCGAGAAGGAGGCUGGCUUACUUGGAUACCGAGGCACACGUAAUAAUCGCUCCUUCACAUUGUCUCAAUCUCAGCGUAUGAGUAGGCACCAGGCGCAGCAACCUCAAUCCUUGCAAGUAGGAGAGGACUUGACAAGUGGUCAAAAUGCUUUGGGACAGAGCUAUGGAUACAAUGGUCAUCAGUCUCAACUGCAGCAGCAGCAAUCAUACCAACAACAACAACCGCCACUUUCACCGUACCAGCAAGAGCCACUACAACAACAGCAAGAUUCGUCCCACCAAUCACCGCCACAGCAGUUUUAUCAACAGUGGUCAUCGCAGCAGUCAUAUCCGCACUAUCAGACUGCGGUGACUCAAAGAAAUGAGGAUUUUUUUGACAUUGAUUCAAACGCGUACUACCAGAUUCAAUGGACGGAUGGUCCGUUUGGCUUUACUGUGCGUGAGGCGCAAUCAAAGCAAGGGUCCGUGGUCUUGAUCACCAAGCGCACAGGCAAGAGCACGUGUGCUGGUUUGAGACGUGUGGCCGUGGGCGAUAUCCUGAUCACAAUUGGAGACAAGGACGUUCGCCAGCUCGGGUUUGAGCGGUCGACGAUACAUCUACGCAAUGUGCCCAAGCCUGCUUUGUUAACUUUCCAAGCCAUCGAUUAG